CAUAUCAUUCGCAUUUCAGCAUUGUUAGAGGAAGUUUAAAUCUGAAGAUCGCCAAUUUCCUUCAAAAACAGCUUCGGCGGAGUGGAUUUUAGGUGGGACAACUACUUUUCUAAAGCGUGAACGCAUCACGAUUUAGCGCGUGCAACUGAAGUGAUCUGAGAUCAAUGAGCAUGCUUUAACAAGACACAGGCAUAGACAGAGGGAGAGAGUUAAUCUGUUUGUCAGCUCACAUGGAGGGUGAGAAACAUCUACAGUACUGGAACACAUUGAGUUGUUUGCUAUUGUGCAUAUCGGUCCUUAUCCUUACGACAGAUGUUAACGCAGGAGUUAAGAAGUCCAGUGGACCAUGUGGAGGCAGAGACUGCAGUGGGGGAUGUCAGUGUUACCCUGAGAAGGGUGCAAGGGGUAUGCCUGGUCCCCUAGGUUCCCAGGGCCUCACAGGCCCUCAUGGUCACCAAGGAGACCCAGGCCUCCAGGGCCCUAAGGGAGAGAAAGGAGACCAUGGCAAAGGAGGUGUUAUGGGUCCAAAAGGAAGUGUGGGAAUGGAGGGAGUUCCAGGGUUUUCUGGAGCAGAUGGCGUUCCGGGUCACCCGGGGCCAUCUGGUCCUCGUGGAAAACCUGGAGCUGACGGCUGUAAUGGAACUCGAGGAGACUCUGGAACACCAGGCAUUCCAGGAUUUGAAGGAGCCCCUGGAAUAUCAGGCUACAAAGGACUGAAGGGGCAGAAGGGUGAUCCGUUGGAGCUGUGGGUCUAUAUGGAAAGAUUUAGGGGAGAUCCAGGACAGCCAGGCCUUCAAGGAUUCAUUGGACCGACUGGAAACCCAGGUGGCAGAGGACUGCCAGGAGGACUAGGUACUUGGGGCCCCCCUGGUAGUAAAGGCUUGAAAGGACAAAAGGGUGAAAGCACUAGGAUAAUAAAAGGAGUCAAAGGAGAAUCGGGGGAAGUUGGAGAGACAGGCCAACCAGGACUUUUCCCACACACCAGACCACCCCCUGCAGAUUGGCAGGGUCAAAAAGGUGAGAGAGGUUAUAAAGGAGAACCGGGAGAUGUGGAACCUAUGUCAGUCAAAGGAGAGGACGGUGUUACUGGGUUUAUGGGGCUGCAGGGAAGCCCAGGAUUAAAUGGCUGGCCUGGACCUAGGGGUGACACUGGACAACCAGGUUUCCCAGGAAAUACUGGCCCCAAGGGGGACAGAGGAGAACCCGGAGAGCUGAUAUUCACAGGAGGCCAAUUUUAUGAUGCAGAGGUGGGUCCUCCAGGACCUCCAGGAGAACGUGGCCCAAUAGGAAAUCUUGGUCCUAUGGGUGCUAAAGGACUGCCAGGUCCCCCAGGCCCCCCUGCUUCUGAACAAACAGGGACAUUUGAUCUGUGGGGCCCAGAGGGACCAAGAGGAACAAAGGGAAAGAAAGGUGAAGCUGGAGAACCUGGUAAACCUGCCGCUCAGCCCGGCCCACCUGGCUUUGAUGGGCAGCCUGGAGUUCAUGGACCACCUGGACCCAAGGGAUCAGUGGAAGACUAUUUCAAAGGUGCACCAGGACCUCGUGGACAUCCAGGGAAUGCUGGGAAAAAGGGACCAAAGGGUGACCAUGGGCUUUGUGAAUGCCAGAUAAAAUCUUCCCCACCUGGUGCUCCGGGCGACUCUGGUGAGCUUGGUGACUCUGGCAUGGUGGGCGAGUGGGGUCAGCAGGGUGAUCAAGGUGACCCAGGACCCAGAGGCAAUGAUGGUGUGCCUGGUUUUCCUGGUGCUCGAGGGGAGCCUGGAACCAAGGGGAGAAAAGGAGUGCAGACCAUAGCUACAGUGAAAGGAUUACCAGGCGACCCAGGGGACCCAGGCACUAGUGGUUUCCGAGGAGAGCAGGGGAGGCUUGGGCGUAAUGGAGAAAAUGGUUCACCUGGUCUGCAAGGACCUAUUGGAGAAGGUCCAGUAGGGGAGCCUGGAGAGAAGGGCUACCUGGGAUGGCCGGGUCUCCCAGGUUUAACAGGCCCAGCUGGGGAACCUGGUCACGUUCUCGGAGCAACCAAAGGUACAAAGGGCCUUCCUGGAGAUGAAGGAAGAAUUGGUAUUGAUGGAAAUCCAGGGUUGCCUGGCGCAUCAGGGGCCUGUAGCACAGAAGAGGAGUGGAAUAUUGCAGGUGAGUGUUUAAGAGUCCCUGGGCCUCCAGGAGAUAUAGGGCUGCCUGGCAUUCCUGGGUUGGAUGGAUUUAAUGGAGUUCCAGGUUCCAAAGGCUUACCAGGUCUUUCUGGAGAACAUGGUGCCAAAGGAGAGCAAGGUGAACCAGGAAGAGGAGGUCCUCCUGGACCGAUGGGUUCAGUUGGAUUUCGAGGUGACUAUGGACAUCCUGGCUCCAAAGGUGAAGAAGGACCUCCAGGCCUCCCUGGUGAGCCAGGUUUGGAUGGUGCUUUAGGGGAGAAGGGUGAACAUGGUGAAGUUCUAGGGGCAUCUACUGGAGCCCCUGGUGAACCAGGAAUGCUAGGACAGAGGGGUGCUAUUGGCCUUCCAGGAGACCCAGGCCCAAAAGGACACUUAGGUAUGGAGGGAAUGCCUGGUAUGAUCGGCCUCAAGGGUGAAAAUGGCCCUCCAGGUCUUCAGGGUGAAAUAGGAAGACCUGGACCUGAAGGGACAUUUGGAUAUUCUGGACAACCUGGGCACACAGGAUCUCCUGGUCCACCUGGAAAUAUUGGACAACCAGGUCCAAGUGGAGUAAGGGGAGAUCAGGGUGACCCUGGUCCUCCUGGUCCCUGGGGAUUUAAGGGUGUCAUUGGAGACCCUGGAAACUUUGGUGUGCUAGGAAAUAUUGGGCUACCAGGAGAUCCUGGACAACAGGGGCCUUUCGGUAACCAUGGUCUCCAAGGACUCAAAGGUCUCAAAGGAGGUCAUGGCAUGACAGGCUUCCCUGGAAAGACUGGUCAGGAAGGCAUAAAAGGAUUUGCAGGACUACAAGGAGAGACAGGGUCCCCAGGACAACAAGGUGCAAAAGGAGAUACAGGCUCUCCAGGUCAAAAAGGUGAGAGAGGGCUGAUGGGCACUCCAGGAGUUAUGCCAGUCACAAAUAUAACACUUCAUUUGAAAGAAGUCAUUAAGGGUGCUAAAGGUGACCAUGGAAAUAUUGGAGAUCCUGGCUUCACUGGUCCCAGAGGCCAAAAAGGUUUUCCAGGUUUUCCAGGAAAAGAGGGGGAACAUGGGCAUCCAGGAGAGCCCAGUGAUAAAAAAGGUUCUCCUGGUCUUCCUGGAGUAAAAGGAUAUCAAGGGCCGAAGGGAAUGCCAGGCUCUACAGGACUCCUUGGAAUAGAUGGUUUCCCUGGAAUGUCUGGACCCAGGGGUGACAAAGGCUCACCUGGUGCCUAUGGACGAUCAGGAGACUCUGGAAACAAAGGAAUCAGAGGUGACUUGGGUCCAACCAUCAAUCUUCCAGGAUCAACAGGACUGAGAGGUGAAACUGGGUUCAAUGGAACUUCAGGUGAAAAGGGUCUGGCAGGUCAACCUGGAGAUAGAGGAAGCCCUGGUUUUGAAGGCAUUGAGGGGAUGAAAGGCUACUCUGGUGAAGCUGGAAAGGCAGGACCACCAGGCUCCGAUGGCCUUCAGGGUUUCCCUGGAAACCAGGGUCAUAAGGGCUGGCCAGGAGAACCAGGACAGCCAGGAACCUCUGGAAUCCAUGGCCAACCAGGACAAAAUGGAUUUCCUGGUCUAAAAGGAAUUUUUGGAUUGGAUGGCCUGAAAGGUCAAAAGGGGAUACAGGGGGUUCCAGGUUCUGACAACUCAGGUCCUCCAGGUGACCCUGGAACAAAAGGAGAGAUAGGAGUGACCGGUAUCCCCAGCACAGAUGUUGGCCUCCCGGGAGCUUUGGGCCUCAAGGGUUCCCUUGGAGAUCCUGGUGCUAAGGGUACAUCUGGGCAUCCAGGUGUACAAGGGCCCCCAGGCACACAAGGAUUCUCCGAUACACCAGGAGUUUCAGGUGACCCUGGCUUUCCUGGCAGUAAAGGACUUCCAGGCUUCCCUGGACCCAGAGGGAUCCCAGGUGAUCUGUCUCCAUUUGGAGCGAAAGGAGAGAAAGGAAACCCAGGUGUAUUUGGUUUCAGUGGAGAAAAGGGAGUCCAGGGGGACAGAGGAGAAAGAGGACUGGCAGGAGGAUCUGGAGUGUCAGGAAGAAGAGGUGAAAAGGGAGAAUCAGGAAUGAUGGGAUUUCCAGGAAGACAGGGUUUUCAAGGCUACAGGGGCCCUGUUGGACCUAAAGGAGAUACUGGACCCCCAGGUUUCCCUGGCUCACCUGGUGCUAAAGGACUCCCACCUGUCCCAGAAAAAUUACCAGGGGAAAGAGGACCACCAGGUUCAAUGGGUAUUCAAGGACCACAGGGAAAGAAUGGAAACAUAGGCCCUGUUGGACCUCCUGGUGAUCCAGGGUUUUUGGGUCCAAAGGGCCAGAAGGGCAUGCCAGGUCUCCCAGGAAUACCGGGAAAUCCAGGCUUCCGUGGUGGAUCUGGACAAAGGGGUCACCCUGGUCUGCAAGGCGAGGAAGGUAACCGAGGGCAACCUGGAAUAAAUGGUCUUCCUGGAAUGCCUGGCCGCAGUGUCAGUGUCGGUUACCUUCUGGUAAAACACAGUCAGUCUGAUCAGAUCCCAAUGUGCCCUGUGGGUAUGUCCAAGAUAUGGGAUGGUUACAGUCUUCUAUAUUUUGAGGGACAAGAGAAGGCCCACAACCAAGACCUGGGUCUAGCUGGAUCAUGUCUUCCUCGUUUUAACACCAUGCCCUUCCUGUACUGCAAUCCUGGUGACUUAUGCUACUAUGCUAGUCGAAAUGACAAAUCCUAUUGGCUGUCCACCACCGCACCAAUUCCUAUGAUGCCUGUGGAGGAGUCUGAUAUUAAGCCAUACAUCAGUCGUUGUUCUGUGUGUGAAGCUCCAUCUGUGGCCAUUGCAGUUCACAGUCAAGAUAUAACCAUCCCACAAUGUCCUGCUGGGUGGAGAAGUUUGUGGAUUGGCUAUUCCUUCCUCAUGCACACAGCGGCUGGUGAUGAGGGUGGCGGUCAAUCUCUGGUGUCUCCAGGCUCUUGUCUAGAAGAUUUCCGCACAACUCCCUUCAUCGAGUGUAAUGGGGCCAAGGGUACAUGUCACUACUUUGCCAACAAGCAGAGUUUCUGGUUGACAUCUAUUGAUCAGUCCUUCCAGAAUUCCCCUGCCUCUGAGACACUCAAAGCAGGUCAGCUCCUGUCACGCAUCAGUCGCUGCCAAGUGUGUAUGAAGAACCUGUGACCUGUACUCUAUGAACUUUUACACUACUUCAGCAGCAUCACAAUUAAGCUGAAUACAUGCAAUACAGCUGAAUACAUGCAAUGGCAGCUAUUUAAUUUCAGACAUUAAAAUGAACAUCAACAUCGCAAUGUCAGGCUUUUGGAAUAACUUGAUUGUAUAUAAUGCAUCACAUAUAAGCAUUGACACAAGGACAUUGAUGCUGCCACAGAAAGCCCUAAGAUUCACUCUGCCCUAUACUCUAACCACUACUGUGUGCCUUAUGACUUAAGAUGUGUAAAUGCGCAUAAGAGAUACAUAAAAAGCAUAGUAGGUAUUAUAUUUCUCUGUACUCUACUUUUUCUGUGUAUGAAAUUGUGCUUUAUUUCUAACUUAUUACCUCAGCAUUAUCAGAUCUGUUAUUGUGUUAUUAUUUUUUAGCAAGAACAUACAGCUGAAUCAAAGAAGCCAAUGAUUCUUAUGCACUACUCCGGCCUUCUCUAUCACGUGGUAGUUCUUUAUGUGAUUGGCCCCAUAUUGAACAGUUAGGUUAGAAUGGGGAACCGGUUCUUAUUCAGAAACAAAAUAAUUUUCAUAUAAGGUGCUGUAAGCGAUUUCUUUCAUGGAAAUAAAAUUGUUCCUACUCCCUUAAAUAUAUUAAUGCAAUAAGUAUCCUGAGAUAUCUCUCUGGUCUCUGUGACAGCUGUAGACUUUGUAACCAGCAAACAAGAAUGUGUAUGUGGACCACGGACAUUGACGCUUUUCAAGUGUGUGCUAUUGUGCUACUGUUGGCUAAUUCAACGGCUAAGUCACGUGAAAGCUUCAGAAUGCUGAAAUCACUUAGAGCACCUUUAAUGGCUCUGGAACAUUCUUUUAGAAUAUGCAGAACUGUUGUCAUAUAAUCAUUACUGUUGUCAAUUAUAAUCAUUAUUUUCAUUGUUUCUUGCAUUUUAAAAGUUGUGGUAGCAUAGAUGCUACUUCACCAACACGACACAAUAAAUAAAUCCAAAAUAUUGGUUUGAGACUGAUCACAAAGACAGCAAAGAAAUGUAAAGAGAACCGUUAACAGAACUGUUAAUUAAACAGAACUGUUAAAUGAGAUCAGAAUGUGAACCAGAAUCUUAUAAGGGAUAGUUCACCCAAAAAUAAAAAUUAUAAUCAUUCAUGAAAACUAAUCAUUUACUCACCCUUAAUGGCAUCCCAGAUGUGUAUGGCUUUUUUUCUUCUGCAGAACACAAACUAUAGAGCUCAAUAGUUCUAUACAAUGGAAGUGAAUGGUGACUUUUGAAGCUUCAAAAAGCACAUAAAAGCAGCAUGAAAGUAAUCCAUAAAACGCCAGUGGUUUAAUCCAUGUCUUCCUAAGAAAUCCAAUCAAUUUUAGGUGUGAGCAGACCAUAAUAUAACUUGUUCACUAUAAAUCUUGACAUCUACAGUAUUUUUGACAAAAAUUAUUUCGAGCUCCAUUACACUUCCUAGCACCAUCCAGCAGUCUUCGCAUGUGUCAAGCACUAAGUGUAAUCAAGCUUGAAAUCAUGAUUGUGCCUAGAGACUGCAAUGACAAGAUGAACAGAAAAGGGAGUUACAUUUUGGUUUGUUUUCACCCAAAAUUGAUUGAAUUGCUUCAGAAUACACAGAUUGAGUCAUAUGGAUUAAUUUUAUGCUGCCUUUAUGUGCUCUUCAAAGUUUUGAUCACCAUUCACUUGCAUUGUAUAAACCUACAGAGCUGAGAUAUUCUUCUAAAAAUCUUCAUUUUUGUUCUGCAGGAGAAAGUAAAACACAUCUGGGAUGGCGUGAGGCUGAGAAAAUUAGAGAAUUUAAAUUAUGGGGUGAACUAUCCCUUUAAUUUUUUAUUCCAUUUCUAUGAAACAGUUAUGAAAUAUAUAUAUAUAUAUAAAAUCCACAACUGACCUGUGUAUUUUCAUUAUAAAAGUCUAUUGUGGUUGACCUUUACGGAAAUAUUAAUUCAUCCCACUCGCAUCACAUUAUUUUGCUUUGUGCUUUUUUCCUGAGGAUUGCUUUGAAUAUUCUGCACUUCAGAAAGAAGUCUUUUUUGUCAUGCACAACCCCUUUGUUAUGUCAUGUUUUCACACCUGUUACAAUAUUCCUAUUUAGCCCAUGGUGACACAGAAUAUGGUAUUUCUUAGAUAUUUUAUUUAAUAGAAGAUCAUAAACACUGAGACUUGAAGCUGUUUAUUAGCUGUCCAAUCAAGUGGAUAAUUCUUGUUUAUUUGUUCAGUACCCACUCUUGGUUAAACCAAUUGCACUGAUAUCUGAGGUUUAUGGGAUACAUCAGACAAGUCCAAUCUCUUCUGAUAGAUUUGAAGAUUCUAAAGAGCUCAGUUUUUGUCCCACUUGUAUGUAAAUAGACAAACAGGCUCCCAUUCUUCGACUGACAUGGUUUUUAAGAGUCUGUAAACAUCGACUAAACCAAAUCUGGUUCAGUUAAGUGUUCAUGUUAUUUUGGACUUUGAACAGCUUUGCCCAUUCCCAGUGCACAAUUAUUAUUGUCCUGAAAGCCAUAAACCACUAGCAUGAAUUUGAUACCAAAACAAGAAUAAAAAAGAAAACAAUCUUUAUAAUUCAGAAACACAUUUUACCAUGAAAAUAUUUUUAUUUUUUUUACCAAAUGUAAUGUUAUGUGGACAAUCUGAAUACACUGUGUUAUUGAAUAACAGAAAAAUAAAUGCCUUUGUUA